AUGACGCUUUUUGUUCGCCGGUGGGGCCACAAUCAACCUGCCAAGGGCGCAAUGGCAUACGGACUGGAUGACCGGCCAGACAAGCAAGUCGUGCAGAUAUUGGCCAAACUCCGCGAAGCUAUGACACAGGACUCGCUCCUGCUUAUUGACCAGAAUCUAGAGUUUGACAGCAACGUGCCCUUGCUGCCUGCGGUGCUCGACCUCAGCAUGUUGGUCUCGUUCGCAGCCGCAGAACGGCCAAAGACGCGAUUCAGAGCGUUGCUGAACAAAGCAGGUUUUGAAUCAGUCAAGGCUAGGAUGCCGCCCGGAGCUGUCACAGACAACGUUAUUGGAGGCUAG